GCUGCCAUAAAAGGAAGACUAGAGUGGCCAUGUAUAUAAGCCGAGGGACACUUGGGCAACUUCAACAGAUGUACUUGGUUACCCUGGUUGUAUUUUUAUUUAUUUAUUUUUUUGCACCUGUGCCUGCAAUCAACUCUAUACCAUGGACAAUGUCAAGUUUGCCAUUGGUUCCAAAGAGAAUCCACUUUCUCCAUACUCCCCGAAUGAAGCCCUGAUGCCCAGAAUCGGAUACACGGUGCUGUCCAUUAUCAUGGGCGUGGUCUCCACGGCUGGGAUCAUUCUGAACGUUACAGUUAUUGUGACGACACUUCGUCACAGGAAACUGAGGCAGCCUCUGAACUACGCUCUGGUGAACCUGGCAGUAGCAGACUUAGGAGCGGCUCUGACUGGAGGGCUGAUGACAACGGUGACAAACGGCAUGGGCUACUUCAGCCUGGGGAGGAUCGGCUGUGUGAUCGAAGGGUUCGCUGUGGCUUUCUUCGGCAUUGCAGCACUGUGCACAGUGGCAGUUAUCGCAGUGGAACGCUUCUUCGUGGUGUGCAAACCUCUGGGUUCCAUUAUGUUCCGGACAAAUCAUGCUGUGGCGGGGGUGGCGUUCUCCUGGGUCUGGUCCUUGAUUUGGAACACACCGCCUCUGUUUGGGUGGGGGAGCUACCAGCUGGAGGGGGUAAAGACCUCUUGUGCCCCCAACUGGUACAGCAGGGACCCAUGGAACAUCUCCUAUAUCCUGUGCUACUUCCUUUUGUGCUUCGCCAUCCCAUUCAGCAUCAUUGUGAUCUCCUAUUCACAGCUACUAUGGGCACUACGGCAGGUGGCCAGACUCCACAUGUCUGAAGGGGGCACUACUGCUAGAGUGGAGGUUAAGGUAGCCCGCAUGGUAAUUGUGAUGGUACUGGCCUUCCUGCUCACCUGGCUGCCCUAUGCUGCCUUUGCAUUGGCAGUUAUCACUUACCAUGAUCUUCACAUCAGCCCCAUCAUUUCUACUGUCCCCAUGUAUCUGGCCAAGAGCAGUACCAUCUUCAACCCCAUCAUUUACAUUUUCAUGAACAAACAGUUUAGGGACUGCGCUGUUCCAUUCCUGCUUUGUGGAAGAAAUCCAUGGGCUUCUGAUUCAGAGGGAUUAGAAGCAGAAACCACCAUCUCCACUGUCAGCAAAAGCCCCAAAGUCUCUCCUGCAUAAAGCCACUGCCCAGCAGAGAUUGUCUUUGAAAUUAUUUUAUUUUAUUUUUUAUGAUGAAGUUUAACACUUUACCAUAACUGAAUUUCAAGUUUGACCAUUAUCAUGGGUUAUUGCAUAUUUUGUGUAGUUUUCACAAUAUCUGUAUAGUAGUGCAAUAUAGCACGAAUAGUGAGCCUGACCACAGUAAUUGAUAUUUUCUAGCAUACUUCUGUUGUGUUAUUCAAUGAUGACUGAAAAAUGGCUUGUUUUUAAAACACAUUUAAUGAUUGAGAAUGAAAAGAAUUCUGACAGCC